GGGGUACACCCUGGACUGGUCGCCAACCAAUCGCAGGAUAUCAACAAUACAGACAAACAACCAUAUUCGUACCUAAACCACAAACCCAGAACCUCUCAUUUAUACUUAUGGUCAAUUUGGAGUCGGUUCAAUUAUUCAAUUAUUAUGCCAGUAGGUCCUUGUACUGUACAAUUUACCCUGCAGGUGACGCUGCUGCCCCAUAGAAUGUGUUAUUCGAGGGAAUUUGGCAGGCGCUAAGACCCAGAGGAAUACCCUGAUGCUGCGUUUAAAGCUACUCGUCAAUCAGACGAAGAACAAGAGACCUCUUUGAUUCGCGAUUGUAAAUUUCAAAACGUUAACAGAAUAAACGACCGACUGACAGAAGACUGCUGAGUAAUAACAAUGGUAUGUGUUCGGUGGUUUACAUAAAAGACUUGAAUGCGAAACACAGGCUCUUGGUUACUGGAACGGUCAAUAGCCAAGCCAGCCGAUGUUGCAGUAUUCCGACAGCACCUGAAGGCAACAGCAACGGCCGCGUGGUCCCCUCCCUGCUGGUCCUCAAUGGCAGCCAACCGGGUGGGACGGCGGGUCAACAAGGUGUGCAACCAGUCCCCAAACCGGGCCGGCGGGGGCAGCGUUGGACGGGAGCCGGGUCACAGCCUGCAGAGACGCCAGGCCAGGGUCACAGUCAAGUACAACCGCAAGGAGCUGCAGAGGAGGCUGGAUGUGGAGAAGUGGAUCGACUGUGGGCUGGAUGAGCUCUACAGGGGCCGGGAGGAGGCCAUGCCUGAGGAGGUUAACAUUGACGAUCUUCUCGACCUGAAGACAGACGCUGAGAGGAUGCGCAGGCUGCAGGAGAUUCUUCAGUCGUGUAACAACAAUACGAAGGUGUUUAUCAGCGAGCUGGUGGCCAAACUACAUGGUUUACAGAAGCAAGAGGAGCUCCACAACGAUGGCAUUGACCUCCCUCAGCUCCAUAUCUACCCCACCCGCCCGGGAUCAGCCGAUAGGGAGGUGCUGCACUGACAGAACAGGCGUCCCCGUACCCUCUUUAAUGACCCCCGCCCCUGCCACACAUCCCGUCAGGGAGGGACUGGACUGGAAAACAAACACAUAAAAGACACCUACACUUUUGAUGGUCCUCUCCAAACAAACAUACAGAACGUCCACCUCAGCCAUGAAGGGAAUCGAACACAGCUGGCCUGACCCAAUGUCAUCAGAACCACCAGGAAGUGGACCCAAAACACAUACACUUGCGGCUGUGUGAUAGAUCAGAACUUUGAUGCUGAGGAAGUGUUGACACGUUUUCUUCAUUCCUGCUAGUUUCACUCUCUCUCACACACACACACACUUGCAGUGUAAACACACAUGACGUCACCUCACUGACCUUCACGCCAAUACCACGUGUGUGUGAUAAGAAGCAGCCAGCGCUUCCUGGAUGACACGUUUCAUCAAGCUGUUACAUGACAUACACAAACACCUUGUGUGUCCUUCACUUUUGUGCUCCUCAUCAUCUUUCUUGAUGAUAUGUUUGUACAAUAUUUUUAAUUAAAAACGGUCCAAAAGCAACAGUUCUAGUCUCUGUAGAACUCGUACAGCGUAUGCUUCAUGAGGCCUUCUACUGCUUAGCAACACCGCCGCCUGUUGGAGUAUGACUAUACUGCAGUCCGCAUAAACUUUGAACAAGAUUGGCCUGUCAAUGAAAACAUUUUAAUUUAUACAUAUAAAUACAAACUAUAAUAUUGAAAAAUAAUACUUUGUAAAAGUAGUACAUUAUCCCAAUGAAAUUGAUUUGAUCAGAAGAGUGUAUAAUAUAAUUACACACAAUCACUUCAUUAUUAUUCUUAUGUCUGAAUUAACCUUUCAGAGAUCCUGGAUUACUUAGAAAUGAAAAGUGCAAUAAAUUAUGCUUUAUUAUGAGUUAUACCAGCUUAAUGUGUUUUCAAGUUUCAUGGUGAGGAGCUU